AUGGUGUCUUCUACAGAGCUAGGCUUCAACCUGAAGGCUCUUCUGGAAAAGCUGGAUCAGAAUGAACUAAGCGAGUUCAAGUCUCUACUGAAGACCUUUGCCCAGAAGAAUGAGCUACAGGAGCUCCCCCAGAUGGAGGUAGACACGGCUGACAGGAAGCAGCUGGCAGAAAUCCUCCUCAACCACUGCCCCAGCUAUUGGGUGGAUAUGGUGGUCAUCCAGGCCUUCAGACAGAUGAACCGGAGGGAUCUGUGGAUGAAAGCAAAGAACGAGCUCAGGGAAGCAGCUUUGGCAUCAAUUGAUAAAAACAAUAAUAAAAAUGAGCCUCUAUGGACAGGCAUAGAAUGGAAAGAAGGCCCAGAAUACGAAAACCUGGAAGAACUGCUACAGCACUUAGAAAAGCAAUCAGAGAGGACAGAAGAAGAAGAAGUCAUAAACCUGGGAAAAACUAAAACUUUCUUGGAAGGAGAAAAGCCAGGUAAAGAAGAUAUUUACAGAAGUAUAGUGAAAAAGAAGUUCUGGAAACACUGGAAGAACAACUGGCCUGGACUCAGUGAGAACAUCCAUGAUGUCACCCAGAGAGACAAGAUGCUCAUCCCCUUCUGUGACCCGACAAUGCUUCCAGGGCCAUUUCCACACACGGUGGUGCUAUAUGGCCCCGCAGGUGUUGGGAAAACCACCCUGGCAAAGAAGCUGAUGCUGGACUGGGCAGAGAACAACCUCAAUCAGGUGUUCAAAUACACCUUCUACCUGAGCUGCAAGGAACUCAACCACAUGGGCGCAUGCAGCUUUGCAGAACUGAUCUUCAAAGACUGGCCAGAGUGGCAGGAUGAUGCAGCAGAAGUCCUUGCCCAGGCACAGAAGAUCCUGUUUAUCAUCGAUGGUUUCGAAGAGCUGAGAGUCCCUGCGGGGGCCCUGAUCCAUGAUAUCUGUGGCAACUGGGAGAGGGAGAUGCCGGUGCCCGUCCUCCUGGGCAGCCUGCUGAAGAGGAAGAUGCUGCCCAAGGCCAGCCUGCUGGUCACCACACGGCCCGAGGCCCUGCGAGAGCUCCGGCUCCUGGUGGAGCAGCCGCUCUUCAUAGAGAUGGAGGGGCUCCUGGAGCCAGACAGGAGAGCGUAUUUCCUGAGACAAUUUGCCGACCAGGACUUUGGCUGCCGGAUGUUCCUGCAGAUUAGGGAGGAAUUACUGAAAUAUAGAGCAAAUUUUGAUGAGAACAAGCCCUUCUCUAGGACUGACAUGAAGGAGCUUUUGUACUGCCUCUAUGAGUCUCAGGAUGAGGGGCUGGUGAGGGGCGCGAUGGCCCCCUUCAAGGAACUGUCCCUCCACUUGAAUAAUAAAAUGGACGUUAUAGACUCUUCAUUCUGCCUGAAGCAUUGUCAGAACCUGCAGAAACUCGCACUACGGGUCGCAAAGGGGAUAUUCCUGGAGAACGACACUGCAUUGGAACCACACACUCAGCUUGAAAGAUCCCAGGAUGAUCAACACAUACUUUCCUUCUGGACAGAACUUUGUUCCAUUUUUGGCUCAAAUGAGAAUCUGAUAUUUCUGAAAAUCAGUCAGAGCUUCCUUAGUACCUCAUCAGUGAGGAUUCUUUGUGAACAAAUAGCUUCUGCCACCUGUAAUCUUCAGAAAGUGGUACUCAAAAACGUUUCCCCAGCUGACGUUUAUCAGAACUUCUGCUUCACUUUCAUUCAUAACGAGACUCUAACCAAUCUGACCCUUCAAGGCAAUGACCAGGAUGACGCGUUCCCUUCCUUGUGUGAGAUCUUGAGACACCCGAAAUGUAACCUGCAAUAUCUCAGUUUAACGUCUUGUUCUGCCACCACCCAGCAAUGGGUCAAUCUCUUCUUGGCCCUGGAAACCAGCCAGUCACUGAUGAACCUGAUCCUUUCAGACAACCACCUCCUGGAUAAGGGCGUCAAGUUGCUGCUCAGAGCCCUGACACACCCAAAGUGCUGCUUGGAGAGGCUGUCGUUAGAAAACUGUUACUUUACUGAAGCCUGUUGCAAGAACCUCGCUUCUGUUUUGAUUGUCAGUGUGAGGCUAACACACCUUUGCUUGGCCAACAACAACCUUGGAGACAGAGGUGUGAAAAUCCUGUGUGAGGGCUUGAGUUACCCUGAGUGUAGACUACAGAUCCUGGUGCUGUGGCACUGCAACAUCACCACCGACGGCUGCCAUCAUCUCUCAAAGAUUCUCCAACAAAAAACAAGCCUAACGCAUUUGGAUCUGGGGCUGAAUCACCUCGGAAUUGCAGGACUGAAGUUCCUAUGUGAGGCUUUGAAGGCUCCAUUGUGUAACUUGAGGUGUCUGUGGUUGUGGGGAUGUUCCAUCACUACCUUCAGCUGUGAAGACCUCUCUGCUAUUCUCAAGAGCAACCAGAACCUGUCCACCCUGGACCUGGGCCAGAACUCCUUGGGGUCCAGUGGAGUGAAGAUGCUGUGCAAACCCUUGAAACAUCAAAAAUGCCCCCUGCAGAUGCUCAGGUUGAAAAUGGAUGAAUCUGAUGUUGAAAUUCAGAAGCUGCUGAAAGAAAUCCAAGCAACCAACCCACACCUGACCAUUGAAAACGACAACCAUGAUCCCAGGGGAAAAAGACCUUCUUCUCAUUACUUCAUUGUCUGA